GCGACUGAAAGAAAAAGAAAAACGGAGUGCAAUUUGAUUUUUUUAAACAAUCAAUAACAAAUUUGAGUAGUUUUCAAACUCAAACACCGGCUGGCGCUCCCCUCAAGUCGGCUGCAUACAGUUGAAGCCCGUGAAAAGGAGAAAGCAGCGUUGAAAUGUACAGAAUUGAAAAAGCGGCAACAAUAACAAAGCAAAAGUGAAAUUGACGCCGGUCCAGGCGCCACCCCUCAUGGAGAACCUUAAAAUAAGCGAGAAGCUGUUCGAGGACGUGAUUUACUUCGUUCUCGGCAACUUGGACGAUGAGAUUGAGCGCUUUCUGAAGAGCGGCGGAGCCCAGUCGAAACUAUUCCUAUCGGACAAAAUCACUCAUCUAAUAUGUGCCAACAACUACUCGGAGGAGGAGCUGUCCAUGAACCUGGACCUCUACAGUGCCAUUCCAGUGACCGAGCAAUGGAUUGUACACAGCGCCAAGCUGGGCCGGAUGGCCUCGACGCGGGCCUUCGAUCCCAGUCCCAACCAGUUGCGGCUCAUGCGAGGAAUUCGGGCCGCCAUAACGAAUGUGGUGGCUGGGGACCGACGGCGCCUCUACGCCAUGCUGACCUACCACGGCGCCGUCGUGACACACAGCUUCGGGGCCACAAACACGCAUCUGGUAUGCGGAGCAGCCACCGGGGGCAUCUACAACAAGGCGCUGGCGCUUCCCAAGAACGCUAUAAUCAUUGUGACGCCCGACUGGGUGACCGACUGCCUUAAAUUCAAGAGCUGCCUGCCCUCGGAGCCCUAUCAUCCCCGACUCCUCAAGCCCAUUGAGAAGCAGAGGAAUCAGAAGCAGCAGGCUGCCGCGCAACAGCAACAAAUUCAGCAGCAGCAACAGAUGCAACAACAACAACAACUCCAGCAACAGCAACAACAGCAGCAACAACAACUGCAGCAACAGCAACAACAACUGCAGCAGCAACAACAAAUACAACAAAGCGCCGCCCCCACCCUAUCGGAUAUUCUAGGCUUUGGAGACGAUACGGCGGCGGCCAAGAGCAUCGCCAGCAUAAAAUCUCAGCUGCAGGCUUCGGCGGAACAAAUUCAGCAGCAACAUCAGCCACAGCAGCCUGUACCGGCGCAACAGCAAGUGGUCUUCGUGCGGCCCCAGCCGCAGCCUCAGCAACAGCAACAGCAGAUGCAACACCAAAUGCCGCAAGGGGGUCCGCAGGCUCCUACGCCGCCCCACUCGCAGCAACAGCAGCAGCAGCAGCUGAUCAUCCAGCAGCAGAAGAUCAUUCCCGCCAACUUGCAGCAGCAACCGCAGAGCCAGCAGCAGAUAAAGAACAUUCUGCAGCAGCAGCGGCAGAUGAAGAAUACACAGCAACAAGCUCAGCAGCAGCAACAGCAACAAAUUCAGCAGCAAAUGAUUCAGCAGCAGCAACAACAACAGCAGCAGCUUCAACAACAGCAGCAGCAGCAACAACAGCAGUUACAGCAACAACAGCAGCAGCAGCAACAACAACCGAUCAUGCAACAAGAUCCCCAACAGCAGCAGCAGUCGCCAAGGCUGCCGACCACUCCCACAGGACGACAAACGCCGCGUACCCCGCAGUCCACCACGCCGCAACCCAUCCAGUCGCCCCAACAACUUCAUCAGCAGCUUAUACAGCAACAACAGGUAGGUUUAUUUGGUAAUCAAGACAUUAUCCUUUUAAACAAUAUCUAUAAUCCUUUCCAGCAGCUACAAGUCGGUCAACAGCAAGUCCCUCAACAGCCGCAACAAAUGGUGCAGCAACAGCAGAUCGUUCAGCAACAAGUUGUACAGCAGCAGCAGCAGCAAUCGGUGCCUGUUUCUCCACAAAUCAUGCAUCAACACUUGAUGCGGCAGCUGCAAGUUCUGAACCAAAGGCAAAUGGAACUCCAACAAAUAAUUCAGAGCGGGCAGCCUCUCACGCCCCAGCAGCAGCAGCAACAGAGGCAAAUCCAACAGCAACAGCAGCAAAUAAUGCAGCAGCAGCAACAGCUCCAGAUGCAAAUGCAGCAACAGCAGCAGCAGCAACAACAGCAGAGCCUCCAGCAGCAGCAAUCCCCCAGAAUGGUGCAGAACCGAUCCCCGGUGAUGCCGCCCAACACUCCCUCGCCGUCCCUGCAGCAGCAGCAACAACUGCAGCAUGCCAGCAGUAAUAUGCUGCCUCCCCAGUCGCCCCGGCAGCUGCAGUCUCCAGCUCCCCAGAUGACUCCGCCGCCGCCACCCUCGCCCCAGAGUGCCCAGCAGCAACACCUCCGCCAGCAACAACUGCAGCAGAGCCGUCAGCAACACAUGAUGGGAUCGCCCCAGCAACCGCAACCGCCCUCCAUGAUGUCCCCCCAGCAGCAGCAACAGCAGAUGCAGCCCUUCCAGCAGCCCGUCCAUCAGCAGCAGCGCAUGCAGUUGCAGCAGCAACAGCAACUGGCGCAACAACAGCAGCAGCAACAGCAGAGUCCCCAACACAUUUCAGCCCCUCAGUCGCCCCAAAUAUCGCAGACCCCUCCCAUGCAGAGUAAGAUGCAUCAGAACCAGAAUUUGGGGGGCCAGCAGCAGCAGUCCUUCUCGCAGCAGAAGCCCAUAGAUCCAACAGAUCCCGUUCAGGUGGCACAGGUCCUCAGCCGGUCUACGCUGAGCAGCAACCAGGAUUCGUUGAUCAUGCGGCAGCAGCAACUGAAGCAACAGCAGCAGAUGCAGCAGCAACAGCCGCCGCAGCAGCAUACACCCUCGCCACGACAAUCCCCAUUGCAGCAGCCGACGACACCAACCUUGCAACAACAGCAGCAACAGCAACAGCCACAGCAAAUGCAACAACAGCAGCCUCAACAACAGCAGCAACAGCAACAACAACAACAACAACAACAGCAGCAACAACAACAAAUCAUGCAACAGCAACAAUCAGUGCAACAGCAACAGGUCAUCACUCAGCGACAUGUUAUUAACACUUCCACGGCCCAAGGGCAGCAAAUCAUUCAGAGCCACAUGAUGAACCUGCAGCAGAAGCAGCAGCAAGUGUUGCAUGUCCAACAACAACAACAGCAGCAGCCAACACAACAACAACAGCUGCCCCAACAGCAGCCACAACAGCAACAGCAGCAACAACAAGUACAAUUCACACAACAGCAACAGAUUGCGCUGGGAACUGGUGGUCAAGUGCGAAUCAUUCAGCAAACCAUUCAGCGGCCACAGCAACAGCAGCAAGUACCUCCACAACAGCAACAACAGAUUAUUGGACAGUUUCCGCAGCAGCAGCAGCAAUUGCAGCAACAACAACUACAACAGCAGCAACCACAACAGCAGCAACAACAACAGCAACAACCUCAGCAAAUGCAGCCCCAAGGCAAGACAUUCAUUAUCAGCCAGCAGCACUUCAAUCAACUCAGCGUCCAGCAACAGCAGCAGAUUCUGGCUCAGAAUCCGCAAAACCAAAAUGUUUAUGUUGUGAAUCAGACCAAUCUAGCUCAGCAGCAACAGCAGCAACAACAACAACAACAACUGGUCCAGCAGCAGCAAAUGUUGCAACAGCAGCCGAUAAUGCCACAGCAGCAGCAGCAACGAAUGCAGAUGCAGUCGCAACCGCAACAAAUCGUUGUCAACCAGCAGAUUCUGAGCGAUCCUCAGAGGUUGCAAUACUUGCAGCAACAACAAAUUAUGCAGAAACAACAACAGCAACAACUUGUGGGCGCGCAGCAGCAACAGCAACAGAUCCUGAUUCAGCAGCAACAACCACAGCAGCAGCAACAGCAGAUAUUGCAGCAAAAGUUGCCCAUCGAUCCGCAGCAGCAGCAACAACAGCAGCAGCAGCAAAUCAUGCAACAGGUUCUAAUCACACAGCAGCAACUGCCGCAGAGGACACCGCCACCUCAGCAGCAGCAACAGCAACAACAACUGCUGCUGCAACAACAGUCCCCCCAGCACCAUCCGCAAAUGCAGCCACAGGCGCACUGGUCGCCGCAGAGUCCGGCCUCUGGCCAAAUGGGUCCCGUAACGCCGGGAACGCCCACCAGUAGUGUGGGAAUGCAGUCGCCGCUGCCAGGUGGGCCGUCAACCCCGCAGCAGCAGCAGCAGCAACAACAGCAGCCCCAGCAGUUCGUUCCCCGUGGACUGCGCCCGCAAACCUCAUGGCCGGGCCAGCAACAACAGCAGCCCCCCUCAGUCCAGCAGCAACAGCAGAUUGUACUGCCACCUCCGCAGCAGCAGCAACAAGGCCAGGGUCAGGUGGCGCCACAGCAACAGAUAGUGCUGCAACAGCCGCAACAACAGAAAAUCGUCCUGGACGAGAAGACGCAUGCCCACUUCAUGUCCCUGGACGCCCACAAGCGGGCCGAGUACAUUACCAAGCUCAACCAGCAGAACAAGCCCCGGGUGAUGCUGCGCCAACAAGUGGCCUACCAGCCGCGACCCGGUGCUCCUGGCGGCAUGGUUGCCACUCGCCCCGCAGGACCAGUGCCACCUGGCCACAUAAUAGUCCAAAGCCAAAUGCCGCCGGGGCUGACGCAACAGCAGCAGAUGCUCUGGUUGCAGCAGCAGGGCAAGCGACAGGUGGUGGUGCGCGCCGGUGGCACCCCCGGCCUGAGUCCGAUCCAGCAGCAGCCUGGCGUGGCCGUGGGGCCUCCGCAGCAGCAGCAGCAAUCGCCCCAACAACAGCCCUUCAAUCCCAACGAUCCGAACCAGCAGAUGCUGCUGCAGCGCCAGCAACUGCGAGUCCAGCAGAUUCCCAUCCAGCAGCAGGCUCCUCAGCAGAUGGGAAAGCAGACAGUGCAGCUCAUAACUGGCCCCAAUGGGCAGCUCAUAGAGCAGCAGACGAUUGUCCAGCAACAGCAGCAGCCAACCACACCCACCACUCCGGGGGCUGGUGGCGUGGUGGCGGGUCCUCCAGGCAGUGGCAACAUUAUGACCCAAACGUUGGUGAUGACGUCCACGACUCCCGAUGGACAGCCACAGCAGACGCCCCAGCAGAUGAACCUCAAGACCAAGACCGCACUGGCCAACAUGCUGAGCAGUCGGUUGGGUAACAACGGCGUGCAGCCGCAGCAGCAACUCAUUCAGCUUCCCGACGGCCAGCAGCAGCAGCAGCCUCAGCAGCAGAUUGUCCAGCAAGUAGUGGUGACUGGGGCACCGCAACAGCAGCAGCAGCAGCUGCUCCUCCAGCAGCAGCAACAGCAGAUGGUUGUGCAGCAGCAGAUGGCGCCGCAGCAGCAUGAGCCUCCUUCGGCGGCUGGAGCUCUGAGGAUGAUGGGCCAGCAGCACAACGCUGCUGUUGGGGUGGGAGUGGGCGUGGCCGGGCCACCCCGUACGCAACAGGAGUUGCUUAUCCUGCAACAGCAGCAGAUGCUUCAGCAGCAGCAGAUUGGUGGCCGCCGAGUGGUGGCCAUUUCCCAACCGCAGCAGACGCCGCAGCAGCACCUGGUCCAGCACCAGAUAGUUGUGGCUCCGCCGCAGUCGCCGCAGCAGCAGCAACAAAUGACUGUGGGAGUGGGUGUCCCUGUCCAGCGACCGCCCCAUGGCUUUAUCCAAGCCCGACCCGGCCAGCAGGCCAUUCCCAUGCCGCAGUUUUACGGCCACAAUCCAAACCUGAAGCUGCCCGCCGAUCUCUUCCUGGUGGGCUGCACCUUUUUCAUUGUGGAGUACGACGAGACGGACUGCGACGAGCUGCCCAUUUGGCUGGACACGAUUCGGCAGUUCGGCGGCGACAUCGAGCGCACGUACUGCCCCCGAGUGACGCACGUCAUCUGUCGAACCCAGAGGCAUGGCGUUGUGAUGCAAGCCCUCCGGGACGCCAAGCGCUGCGUCACGGCCUACUGGCUGAGCGACAUCUGCCUCAAAAGACAGCUGAUGCCGCCGUGGCAGCCGCUGCAUCUUCCAUUCCCCAGCCAGUUUGGCUACCGCAAGCCCCUUGAGCGCUACAUCAUCACCUCGGAGGGAUUCGAGGGCGAAGAGGUGGUCCGUCUGCAGCAAAUGGCCGAGGAGUGCGGCGCCAUCUACACAUCCUACCUCUCGAAGGUGAACACGGUGGUCAUCUGCAAACAGCUGGAGGGAAACAAGUUCAAUGCCGCCAAGGAGUGGAACAUCCCGAUGGUUAACGCGCUCUGGCUCAGUGACGUUUGCAUUGGCAACUUGAGUGGGCUGUCCCAGUACGACAGCCCCAAGUACCAGCAGUACAACCUGGUGGCUCCAUUCCGCAUCGAAUGCAAUCUGGUGGCACAUCUUCUAACUGCCUGGAAAGCUCCCAUCAAUCUCACCCAGGAGGCACAUGAACGUGUGAAGCGUCAUCUAUCCGAUCCGUACAGCAGCGAACAAAAGCUGAAGCGCCAGAAGAUGAACUCGUUCCAGCAGGAGCAGCUGCCCGAGCAAAUAGUCUGCCUCGAAUACCCCACAACCACCAAGCCGCCAAAGGUUAUAUUUUCUCAGGUGGCAGAUGUGGAAUCUCUCAAGAAAGCAGUUCUAAUUUUGGGUGGCAUCGUGGUGGACAGUCCCGCUGACGCCACUCAUCUGGUAAUGACACGCGAGAGUCGCACCUGCAAGCUGAUCCAGGCCUGCUGCCAUGUCGACUAUGUUCUCAAGUCCAGCUGGAUCGUGGAGAGCGCCAAGGCUGGCAAAUUUGUGCCAAUCGAUCCGUACCGCAUCCAGCACAUACCCGUGGACGAAAACCUGCAAUUCAACCUGGAUACGGUGCUGUGUGCACCCACUCGUGAUACCUUGUUUGCGGGGAAAUACUUCCACGUCACACCGGACGUAUUCCCUGCGCGCGAGGAAAUCAUCAAGAUGAUCGAAUACUCCGGGGGUAAGGUGGAAGCGAAGCGGAGAAGCGGAGCGGCUGUGGCCGAGGCGCAUGUCCAGUCGCCCGACUCCUACAUCAUCGUCACCUGCCCAACGGACAUGCAUCUGUGCGCGGAUCUGACGCGGCACGGCAAUCCCAAGUGCCACAUUGUGUCCACGGAGUUUGUCAUGAGCUCGAUCCUCAAGCAGCAGCUGGAGAUCGAGCCGAAUCUGAUACCCUACCUGUACAAUAAUAACAAUGUCAAUGCAUGCAACAGCAACAAGUCCUAGCGCCGAGUUUUCUGGUUGUUGUAGGAACAUCUUAGCAGUUACACCGGAUGAGGUCUAGUAGGGUCUUCUAGGGUCUUGAAUACAUAUCGGUUAUAUAUGUAACUGUCGUUUAUACUCUUGUUUAUCCAUUUUAUUUAAUGUCUUAUGCUUCAUCCAACUACCCUUUUGUAAAUUGUAAAUAAUCUUAAUAAUCUAGUUGUUAAGAUCUAAGAAUCUAAAGUUAAGAUCAACGUUUUUUAUCGUACUGCGUGUCCGUUGUAUUUGUUUGUAACCAAGAAACCUUAAUAUGCACUGCCUCCAUCAAGUCAAGAAGAAAGUGAAAUCUUUUGAAACCAAAUAUCUUUGAACAUUAUUAUUUUAGAUGAAAUUACUAAUAUUAUUGAGGGACCGUAAGCUGAAACUUUAUAAGCCAGCCAUAACCAUAUUUAUGAUUUUGAAGCCAGUAUCUUUAAGAGUAGAUCUAUAAGCAUGCUUAUAUAGUAUAUAGUUUUGUGUUCAUUGCGGUCCCUGAUGCUAUAACAUUGGAAAUGUUCAACAUUUGAUGAGGCCUUUAUCCAAUAACCCCCCCAUUUUCAUCCCAUGGAAGCGAAAUACAAGUCAACAUACGAAUUUAAGAGUGGAAAUAAUAUUUAACGAGAGCAGUCGACCGAUAUGUGCAAGGAUGAUGGAAGAAGAAUAUCUACCUUAAUUAGAGUAAGGACCAAUAAUUUUAAAAACGAGUAUAUUUUUGUGGGAAAUCACACGCAUAUAUUGCCUGGAGUAUACGAAAAGUUUCACAGAACAUGAUAUUUGCUGGCUAUUAGUAUUCUAAGUACUUGUCACAUUAGUAGAGCCAAUAUUUUCAAAGAUUAUAUUAAUAUUAGUUAGGAAU